CCAAUACCAAUGGCGACGUGAUUUUGACAUUGGUAAACAGGUGAUCAAUUUCACCAAAAAGUGUUGCUUUGUGAUUAAUACAGGCCUUGUAAUCGAUAAAAAAAUGUUUCCCCUUUUUUUUGUAACUUUAAUCCUUACAAUUAAACAUUAAAACAUAGCAAAAAUGGAAGAUACAAUGACUACUUCUCAGGGUGGUGAAUCUGAUAUGGACUAUUCUGAUAAUGAGUAUUAUGAUUAUUAUAACACUAAUGAUGAUAUUGACAUAGAACAACUAGACCCCAGGAAAAUUGAUCCAGAAUAUUUUGAAUUUAGCUGUCUUCUAGAAGAACAAGUUGAUAGAUUACUCAAUGAAACUGUGGAAACUUUGAGUAACAACUUACAAAUUCCUCCAUCCCUAGCAAAAGUUCUUUUACACAGUAACCAGUGGAAUAUAAGUGAAUUAACUAAAAAAUUCAAUGAAAAUUCUACUCGGACAUUGAUUGCAGCUAGAAUAGAACCUGCUACACCUCCUGGUAGUUUAUUAUUAACCAGGUAUGUUAACUGCUCGGUAUGUGUUACAGUGCAGCCCCUAGACAGAUUCUAUAGCCUGUCAUGUGCACACAUGUUCUGUAGAGAUUGUUGGUCUAUGCAUUUUGAAGUACAAAUUAACCAGGGAAUAUCUACAGGUAUAGCAUGUAUGGCAAGAAAUUGUAUUGUUCUGGCACCAGAAGAUUUUGUUCUUAAACACUUACAGCGUCCCAAUAUGAGGGAGAAAUAUCAACAAUUUUCUUUUCAAGAUUAUGUUAAAUCUCACCCUCAGUUGAGAUUUUGUCCAGGUCCAAAUUGUUCCAUUGUAGUUCACAGUAAAGAAGUUAAGGCUAAAAGGUCAACUUGCAAUCAAUGCAAAACAGUGUUUUGCUUUAAAUGUGGAUGUGAUUACCAUGCGCCUACAGAAUGUCAGGUUAUCAAAAAAUGGUUAACUAAAUGUGCUGAUGACAGUGAAACAGCAAAUUAUAUAAGUGCACAUACUAAAGACUGUCCCAAGUGCCACAUUUGUAUUGAAAAAAAUGGUGGUUGUAACCACAUGCAAUGUUAUAAUUGUAAACAUGAUUUUUGCUGGAUGUGUUUGGGAGACUGGAAGUCACAUGGGUCUGAAUAUUAUGAGUGCUCCCGAUAUAGGGAGAAUCCUAAUAUUGCUCAUGAGUCUGUACAUGCUCAGGCAAGGGAAGCAUUGAAAAAGUACCUCCACUACUAUGAAAGAUGGGAAAAUCAUUCAAAAUCAUUAAAACUAGAGGAACAAACUCUGGAAAAGCUCAGGUCUCGUAUAAACCAAAAAGUAAUGUCAGGAUUGGGAACAUGGAUUGACUGGCAAUAUUUAUUUACUGCAGCCAAUCUAUUAGCUAAGUGCCGGUACACUCUGCAAUAUACAUAUCCAUAUGCUUACUAUAUGGAUACUGGUUCAAGAAAAGAACUCUUUGAAUAUCAGCAAGCCCAGCUAGAGGCUGAAAUUGAAAAUUUAUCAUGGAAAAUAGAAAGGGCGGAAACCACAGACCGAGGGGAUUUAGAAAACCAAAUGGAUAUUGCUGAGAAGCGACGUACUACUCUUUUGAAAGACUUUUUAGAUGUGUGAUAUUUAUAUUAGUCCUAUCUAAUUUAUUCAUUCAAUUUUUAAAAUAUCUGCAGUGUUGCCAACAAAAACACAGCUCAUUUAUCUUAAAAGUUAGACUGUGAUGAAAACACCAGCUAAAUCACAUGAACGUUACUCCGGAAUUAGCAUACCUUCCAUUUAAUGUGAAAAAUUAUAUUCUGUGAUAUAAACGUUUCUAAAAAUAGAGAAAAUUCUUCUUGAGCUUUCAGUUUUGUUUUAGAAUAAUACAGAAUUUUCAAUGUAUUAGCAUGAAUUCCGUUUUGUGGCUUAUAACCUUAAUAUUCAAAUCAGAAAAUCUAAUUUAAUGGUCAAAAAAAGAAGAUAUGUAAUGCUGAAUAUUAUGAUUAUCAAUAAAGUAAUGAUAUUUUGAUGUUUCUGGUCAGAUUUUUGUUUUACUGACUGGUUGACUGAUUAUCCAAUAUUUCCCUUUUAAACACACUGAACAUUAAUAGUAACAAAUAAGUCGAGGAUUUUUAUUUUCUAUCACAGAUUCUUUUAGAUUUGACUAAAAACAAAAAAAAUAUAACUUUGAAAUUCAGACGUAACAAAAAAUAUCAACAGAGCUGUAUAUGUGUUUAUUUUUAACAAUUCAUUGUUAUUAUCGAAUUAAAAAUGAAUAGAAUUUUUUGUAAAAGUUGACAUUGAUCCCAUUUAUUUUUAAGUGGGUAGCUAAUUCCACUGUAAUAUCUUUAUUUUAGAUUUUUUUGGUGAGCGUUUCAAACUUUUUCGACGUAUUGAAAUAUAUACCUCAAAAUAUAUCGAAAACAGUGUAGCUUAAGUUAAUUGAAAAAAAUUAUAUAAAAUUUGUAGUGUGUCCAAAGUAUGAUUUACUGGCGCCACAAUUGCAUAAAAUUACUUACAGUGUCCUAACGUUUAUUUAUACACAAACUAUGGGGUUGAUACUAUGUAUGAAGUUUAUUUUAUACAUACAUAUACAGGUAUUCAAUGUUACAUCACUGGUAUUUUUAAAGGGAAUACAGUCUUUGGAUAAUUGUCGUUGACAAGAAUAGUGACACAACUUAAAAAUUUCAAUUUUCGAGCUUGUGAAAAUGUAUAGCAAAAUCUGCAUAUCCCUACACAUUGGUAGUUCCAAAAAUAACUGCAGGAAACCGGUUGUGUUGUUCUUCCCGUACUACAAUGUUGCGAGUUUAUAAUGAUGAAGAGUAACACAAAUCUAGUUUUGUUCCGACAGUUAAUGAGGCAAGAUCGUCAAUUUUCGCAUGAGAGUACCUAAUAUAAAUCAAAAUAUGCCAGUUUUAUUAAAAAUAAACAUUAUUUUCAACAGUGACACAAGUCAAAUUAUUCUAACAUUAUUUUUGAAAACGUCGUUAUCAAUAUGGUGUCAAAUAUACUUUUCUGGAAGAUCGUCAUAACUCAAAGAGAAAAUAUAUAAUUUUUAAAUUUUUUUUUAAUGUUAUCAAAUCAAACUUAUUAUUUGAAUAAAAGGUGAACACUAAUGUGUAUUCCCGAAAAAGAUUUGAACAUUUUUAAAAUGCAAGAUUUACAGAAACCAGAAACUUUAAAUAGAUGUCUUCGAAAAUCUAUGUUUUUGAGCUGUCACUAUUUUUGUGUACCAACAAUAUGUCAAAAAAUCUGUGACCUAUCCUUCAAAAUUUGAAACUACUAGAAAAAAAUCAAUUUUAGAACAUAUUAAAAUCCCUGCUAUUAUUUGCAUUUCUUUGCACCAUUUCACAUAUUUUUUCAAAGGUUUACUUACAUUAUCCCAGGUUUCUUGGUCUACCCAACCUUUUUUUUUUAUUUCACUUACUUGACUUUUUACUGAUUUGUAUUUAUAUACAUUUAGUCUGGUUAUAGCUUUGAAUAUUUCAGAUUGCACUGGUUACAUUUUGUUUUUAUGGGUGUUAUAAAUAUAAAUUAAAGGCGUUCUAGUUAUUUUUUUUUUUUGUGGUAGCGACCAUUUAUGCAAUAUUACAUGUUGUCUCUACAAUCUGUUAAAAAAUGCAAUAUUCAAGAGCAAUUUUUUUAAAAAUACUGCCGAAAUCAUUAAAAAAAAUGAUUGAAAUUAUUGAAACUUGCAAAGUUUUUAAAAGUGUCCCACGUGUUCUGUACUUCUAUAGAAAAAUAUAUUCCAUUACAAAAAAUUAAGUAGGACUUUUUUGGAAACAGAACUACCUUUAAAUGCAAAUGGGCAAGUUAUUACUGUUUCCAAAACCUCACUUCUGCAUAAUCAUAUUUUUAAAUGUUAAUUUUAGCAAAAUAUUUUUUAUGCAAAAGUUAUAUCAGAAUAGAUAAGUACAUAGAAAAUAAAUUUCAGAGAAUGUUCAAUAUUUUUAAUUUCCUUGGCCACAUUUUUCAUAAAACGGCUUAAGUAGACUAAAAUGGCAAAAGGUUUUGCUACAAUUAUGAUCUAUAGUGUCAGGGUCACAUGUCAAAACAAGUAUUAGGACAAAACCUUCAAUAUUUUCUUUUAAAAAUAUCUAAAUUAUCUUACGCAGUAAUUAUUUUCUCUCUCUCUCUCU